CAUCUAUCAAAGUCCUUACUUUGCCGUACGAAUAGCGAAUUUUCCUCCCGCCAUACCCAGACAUAAGAAGACAUUACACAGCACAGCACCAAGAAAUCUUAAAGAGAGAAAACGAAACUAUGCUUCGGCUCUGCUUCAGAACCAGACGCUCUCUCUACUUCGCUCUUCCUCGCCGCUUUGCCUCGUCCCAAAACCCCACCGAAGCCCCAAAAAACCUCGAAAUUUUCCAACAAGUACCACCAUCACCACCGAUUCUCCACCACCGCCACGAGAACCUUCCGUCUCCGCGCCCCACCGCUUCGCUCUCUCGCGGCUCCGUCGCCGCCCUCUCGGCUACGCUAGUCUCCAUUCUUAUCGCCUCCUAUGCCCUCCUCUCCUCCGACGAUCGCGACCGUCGAUCCGAUCACAGGUCCUCUAAUCCGUUGUACAGUGGCAUCGAGAACGCGGUCCAGAAAUCCGGCAACUCGCUGAGGAAGAUUUUCCACCACGCCAAGCAGACCGGCGUGGCCGCCUCGGUGCUCUGGCAGUCGCUGACGUCGGUGCUGUCGUCGGCCAACCACGAGGUGCGCUCGGGAUUCGAGCUCAGGGUUGCGGCGUUGCUUGCCGACAUUUCCGCCGCGAAUGCAAGCCGAAGGGCGGCGAUUGUUGGCGCCGGUGGAGGCGCCGUUGUGGACUGGCUACUGGAAUCGGUGGCGGUCCCCCGGGACGGGUGCGGGACCCAGGUGGAGUCGGCGAGGGCGCUGGCGUACUUGAUCGCCGAUCCUAAUGUAUCCGCGGCCGUGCUCGGGAGGCCUCGCGCUGUUCCGAAUCUGCUCAGGUUCAUUUCCUCGUGUCACCCUCAGCGCUCGAAGAAGCAAUCAAGACGUAGUUCAUUCGAUGUUUCUGAUUCUUUGAAAGGUAGGAGCAUGCUUGUGGCUGCCAUUAUGGAUAUUGUCACCUCCAGUUGUGAUGGUUUAGACAAGGUACCCUUGAAGCCCUCCCUACCAGGGAAUGCUGAAACUGGAGAUAUUGCCGCAGCCAUUCAAGUCGUUGAGGAAGGUGGAAUGCAUUUGGAUGAGCCAAAUAAAAACGAAGAUGAUGAAGAUGGUGGGAAAGGAAUGAAAGGAAUUGGAAUUAAAAUUCUUGGAGGUACUACUGUAUUGGGGUUUUCAAGGACAAGUGGGCUUAUGAAGUUGGGGAAUUGUGAUGCCACUCAUGUAGAAUCAACUAGGCUCACUCCCAAAGCUCUUGUCUUACAAAAUAAGCAUGAUAGUUUGCUAGUGCUAGCCAAUUUGUCUUCGGCUGUCGUUCCUGGUCUCUGGGAUGAUUUACAUUGUGAACAUGUUGCUGUACCUUUUGCUGCAUGGGCAUUAGCAAAUUGGGCAAUGGCAUCAGAGGUGAAUAGGUCUCAUAUUCAAGAACUGGAUCAAGAUGGCUAUGCUGUUAUGACUGCUUUAGUGGCACCAGAGAGAUCUGUGAAAUGGCAUGGCAGUUUGGUGGCUCGGUUGCUGUUAGAGGAUCGUAAUCUGCCCUUAAAUGAUUCUGUUUCUGAUUGGAGUUAUAGUCUUCUUUCUACUGUUUCUCAGGCAAGUAAAAACGAGGACAUUCCUUUAGUCCAGGUUGCUCUAUCUGCUUUUUUGGUUUCUGUAGAGAGAAGCCGUGAGGCCAAAAAGAUAGUGAUGGAGAAGGGUCUUCAUCUAAUGAGGGACACUGCCAAACGAAUGACAAAGCAUAAGCAUGUGCAAGAAGCAUUGGCAAAGACACUAGAAUUGCUUUGUACUGGGGAUGUGCAUUUAUCUCUUGAAGAGAGUCAAAAGUGGUCUGGUAUAUUGCUUCCUUGGGUUUUCGGAAAAAAUUCUUCUGACACUGUAAAAUCAUCUGCCAUAAAGAUCCUCUCUUGCAUUCUUGAAGAUUAUGGACCAUCUACCGUAUCAAUUUCUCAAGGUUGGUUAGCUAUCAUGAUUACUGAAAUUCUGGGUUCCACGAAGACAUCAUCAGUAAAAGGAAGCACUCAGCCAAAAAGUGACAAAGUGAAGACCCAAAUUGAUCAGUCGAAUAUUCUUUCUGCUGGACUAAUCGCUAAUCAAUUAGCUGGUGCCGUUGUUAAUCUAGCAGGAAACCAGCUAGGAAUAGCUCCUGGUUCUGUAGAUACAUUCCCUCUGGCAGAUCUUUUUUCUCUGGAACCUCUUACAGUACCAAUUAAAAAUCUCAAAAAAGAUAGUAUUGUUAAGUUCGAUGCAGCUGAUUCUGCAUUGGCAACCCUUAAAGGGAUCAAAGCACUGACUGAAAUUUGUGUGGAAGAUUCUAUAUCUCAGGACAAGAUAACUGGUUUUGGGGUUCUAUGUUUGCUGAGACGUUUUUUGUUAUGUGAUGAUUAUGAGAAACUUGCUGCAAGUGAAGCAUAUGAUGCAUCUAGAACGUUCGAGGCACAGGAGCGGGUUGCAAGUGGUACUGGGGAAUCAGCUACUUCUGAUACAAAUGAUUCAUCUAGUGUUCGGGUUCCACCAACAGCUCACAUUCGCAGGCAUGCUGCUCGCCUAUUAAGUAUCCUUUCGCUUCUUCCGAAAGUCCAGAAGGUUAUUGUGGCAGAUGAAACUUGGUGUAAAUGGCUUGAGGAUUGUGCAAAUGGAAAGAUUUCUGGUUGCAGUGAUCCUAAGAUAAAAAGUUAUGCUAGAGCAACACUUUUAAAUAUAUUUUGCAAACACCAAAUUGAUAGAGACUCUGUGAAUGGACCUCCUUCUGAUACUGGAAUUGCAAACAGAAAUAACAUUUGUCCCCGAUAUGAUGACUUGGUAUUUUUAAUCAAUCCUGAACUGCCUCACUGGAAGUGUCCUGGAAAAGUAGAGGACAACACUUUUCGAAUGGAUAAAUCUUUGUUGGCUGAGGCUAAUACUGUUUCCCGUGAGGGCACACCUGUAAACACAUCCGCAACUGAUGGUAACUUUUCUAGUUCUGUUGAUGUGUCAUUCAUUGGCUCACAGCCAGAAUCGCCUCUGGUAGAUAUUGUUUUUGUCCAUGGCCUCCGUGGUGGGCCUUAUAAGUCUUGGCGCAUAGCUGAGGACAAAUCCUCAACUAAGUCUGGCCUGGUAGAGAAGAUUGAUCAGGAAGCAGGGAAGCUAGGAACAUUUUGGCCAGGUGAAUGGCUUUCAUCUGACUUCCCUCAAGCUCGCAUGUUUACUCUCAAGUAUAAGACGAAUCUUACCCAAUGGUCUGGAGCUAGCCUGCCUCUUCAGGAAGUGAGCUCCAUGCUAUUGGAGAAGCUUGUUGCUGCAGGCAUUGGGAAUCGACCCGUGGUGUUUGUGACUCACAGCCUGGGAGGCUUGGUUGUCAAGCAGAUGCUUUAUAAAGCAAAGGCAGAAAAUAUUGAUAACCUUGUGAACAACACCAUUGGAGUUGUGUUCUAUAGCUGCCCACAUUUUGGCAGCAAACUAGCAGAUAUGCCUUGGCGAAUGGGCCUCGUUUUUCGCCCUGCCCCAACUAUAGGGGAGCUAAGAAGUGGGUCUCCAAGACUAGUGGAGCUUAAUGACUUUCUUCGACACCUUCAUAAGAAAGGGGUGCUUGAUGUUCUCAGUUUCUGUGAGACCAAGGUAACUCCAAUUGUUGAAGGUUAUGGAGGAUGGGCUUUCCGAAUGGAAGUAGUACCAAUUGAAUCAGCGUAUCCUGGGUUUGGUGAACUUGUUGUCUUGGAGUCAACGGAUCAUAUAAAUUCAUGCAAACCGAUUAGCCGCACCGAUCCUUCAUAUAAAGAAACAUUAGAAUUUUUGCAGAAGAUGAAAGCCCGAUAUAAAUGAAGAGAUGAUUUUGCUCUUUUGUACAUCAAAUUUGUGUGAGUAAUCAAUAGGAGGAACUUCUGGAGCUGGCCUUGAUUGUGGCCGAUAAACACAAAUAUAGAAGCUGCAGAAGACAAAUUUUGACAGUUGCGAGUGCAAUUCAUCCGGCAAGUCUGGCAGCGCCUGUGAAUCCGACUGAGGUAAUGCCAGUGGACUCGACGUGAUCCAAUUCGUUCUGCACAGCAGAUUUUUUAAUUUUUUUUAACAUCAUCCAUAUUAGUUCCUCCCUCUUUCUCCAGUUGUAUGUACUUCAAAAGAAAUAAAAAGGAAAGCUAAGAUAAAUCAACUCUUA